UCCUGUUCAGUGUCGAUAUUUUUUAUUGUUAAUGGUGAUUUUCAUAGACAUUAAACUAAAAUAAUAAAAUAAAUUGUGUUGGAAUAACUUGGAAAUACAAUAAAAUGUGUUUUCUACUCAAACUCUUACCGCGCCCACUCAAAAGUGAAAAUGAAAAAACAAACCCUCAUUAAAAUAUGGUAAUAAGUGGAAAAAUAAGAAAAGAAAGAGGAAAAAACAGAAAACCAGAAAAAUGUGUUGAAUUAAAACUUGUGUAGAACAUUUUCAAUGAAAUACAACAAAAAAAAAAACUUGUGUAAAUAUGUAUGAGUGGAAUACAAUUUUUAUGCUCUUGUUUGAGUGAAAAAUCGUUUGAGCUUCAAUCACAUUCAUGCAAUAGCUAACUCCUCAAUAUAUACAAUAAGAAAAUACAAACCGUUUUAAAAACGGAUCUGUGCAAUUCCCCAAACAGAGGCUUUAGUUAAAUAAUUCCAAAAACAAAUACAACAAAAAUCUUUUAAAACUAAAAUGCAACUUCUAGAAGAUGAAUGUAAAAAUUUCACACAACAACAACAACAAACAAAUGUGACACAAGUUAAACAGCAGACAUCCAGUGCAACACAAUACAAAAUGGAUAAAUUCUAUCCACCAAAACCGAAAAUCAACGCAUUUAAUGAGUUGUUCACUUGUUAUUUGUGUCAAGGUUACAUGAUAAAUCCCACAACUAUAGAUGUUUGCGCUCAUACCUAUUGUCGCAGUUGUAUAGCACGGCAUUUGGCUGUCGAAUGCUAUUGUCCGCAGUGUGGCAAACCCAUUACCACUGCGAAUCUUCAAGCCGAUGAUGUUUUGCGUUCGAUUAUAUAUAAACUGGUACCUGGUCUCUAUCAAAAGGAACGCGAACGUUUAGUGCAAUUUGUAAAUAGUAAGAAAAAUGAGGGAAAACUUAUAGGGGCCACAGAACAGAGCUUAAAUGAAUUGCUGGAGAGUGAUGAUGAGCUAUUCUCACCUACCGAUCCCAUUAGUUUGUCACUUGAAUUUCAUCCGGUGUUGGCGGAACAGUGUCCCGAAGGUUCAGUGCCACCAGUACGCUAUUUGCAAUGUCCGGCUAGUGUUAAAGUGCAGCAUUUGAAACGGUUUUUAUGCUCGAAAUUCGAAAUAGAUCCCUGUAAUCGUCGGGUGGGCAUCGAUAUCAUUUACGAGGAUGAGGUUCUACCCAGUGAUUUUACUUUAAUGGAUGUUGGCUACUGUUAUAAAUGGCAAAGGCAUGCACCCUUAAAACUUACUUAUAGAAUUCUCAUAUAUGAUGAAGAUACAAACUCGAAUUCCGAUAAUAGUUUCAUAUCAGAAGAUAAAGUUUUAGAUAAAUCUCCUAAAUCUUGUUUAGAAAAAUCACCAUCGGCGACUUUAAAUUCUAGCAAAACGGUUUCAUUUGCUGAAAAUAAAACACAGAUCAACGUGAAUGGUGAUAAAGAGCAAGCGAAAGCUAACAUUCUCUCAUCACCCACCACAUCAUCUCCUACCCAGCUGACCAAAGUAAAAUCUUCGAAAUCUUCUUCGAACAAACACUCAACGUCACAUGCCACAUCAUCAAGCCUAGAAGUACCUGUAAAAGUAACAAUAUCACGCAAACCAACGGAUAGUAAAAAAUCGGUUUCAAAAAAAUCAUCGUCCGCAGAUGAUUUUGCAAUGCCCACCACUACCAGUGAUUUUAAGAGUUUACGUAGCAAUGAUAUACGUUUUUGUGAUUAUGCUAUAACAUCAUCCACCACAAACACCAGCUAUUCCAAUACCCAUACCACUUUGGCUAAUAACUCCGUACAAUCCACAAAAAAAGAAAAGCCACUGGCCAUCAAGGAGGAGAAACCGUCAAAAUGUGAUAUUGUAGUAAGUAUUCCUCACAAUCAAAUGCAGGAGGAAUGGGAAUCGAAACCUUUGUCUCAGCUAAAGACAGCUAGUAAAAAGUCUCCGAAUUCUUCGGCAACAGAAAUGGCUGCUGCCGCUCCACCACCCACCAAGAAAGUUCGAAAUGUACCAAAACUCAAAAUUGAAUUGAAUAGUUUAAAAACGAAAUUAAUAGAAAAACCUAAAUCGGCUGAUAUACGUUUGGAUACAUUAAUGUUGAAACAACAUCGUCCACGUAAAUUCUCACUAGAUGAACCUCAACCCGUAGUGGAUAAGGUAGAUUUGGAGACGUAUGUUAAACAAAUUGGUUUGAAACCCAUAGAAGUACAAACAACCAGUACACUGGAGACUCCCGAUAAAUUCACACCAAAUGCCUCGCCCAUGUCCUCAAGCUCAUCUACCACCUCCUCUUCUACGGGUAAUUUUAAUUUUAACUGUAGUGCAGAUAUUACCUCCUCCUCGUCGUCUUCUUCGCACAAGAAACGCAAGAAAAAACAUUCCAAAGAUUCUCGCGAAUCCAAGGAUUCGAAAAGAAAGAAAAUGCAUGCCGAAAUAUCAUCUCAUUCGGCAGAGGAGAGUUUAAAAAUGAAAGUUAAACUAACACCUUCCAUAAAUUUAAAGUCCUUAAAAUUGGAGAGUAAAAAGUCACCACCUUUUAGUAUGGAGCGCAUAGCAGAUCCUUUGGCCUUUGAGAAGCCCAAAUCUCCCAGCAGUAAAAACGACUUUGAAAAAUCCAAGUCACCCGAAAGUAAAAGCCAUGAACGUUCAAAGGACAAAUCGAAGCCUCGUUCUUCUGAAAGCAAAAAAUCUAAAUCUUUGGAUGGCAAAUUAUCCCAAGACAGCAAAAAAUUAAAAGAUUUAGCGAAAUCUAAACCUUUGGAAAUCAAAAUAGCUUUAAGUAAUACCACCAGUAAGCCAUUAACAAAAGAGUUCGAUGAUGAUGAGGAUUUGAUAAUACCUGAUUCAACUUCUUUAGGCUUAAGCAAAUCGUUAUCAUCUAUAAAGGAAACAACGUUGCCACACUCUCCUCCAUUGCCGCCAAGUUUAUUUAAAACCACACCUCUGACCUUUUCGACUUUCUCUCCCAAUGUAACGACUGUGGCCAAGCCUAAACCAGUUGCAAUGCCAAAAGAUUCUAAAGAUAAGCCAAAAACUCCUCAUAUGAAACCAAUAGCUCCUAAACCCAUAGCUGCAAAGCCAGUCACACCACCAACAUCAUCAUCAACGUCAACAGCAUCAUUUAAAACGCCACACUUUGUAGUUCCUAAUCCUCCACGUUUUAUGGCCUCAAACACAACAAAGUUCCUUUCAACACCAACCUCAAUCGCCAGUGCGGCUAACAAGCACAUGGGUAAUCUACUCAAAAGGUCCAUUUCAUUAGAUGACAACAAAAACUCAGGACCUCUAAACAAGCAGCAGAGAUUAGAAAAGCCCAAUCAAAUUACAGUUAGUGCCUACGGCAGUAACCUACACAUGACCAAAGUUGAAAUACCAGCCACACCAACAUCCUCCACGGCAAAGGCCACAUAUGAAAUUCCUCUGUACUCUCCACUCUCCGCCUCCUACAAUCCAAAAUGUUCAUUUAGCGUAAACUCCACGACCGCAGCGGCUAAAAGUACAACAAAGUCUACAUUACAAAACCCAAUGACCUCCAGUGCAACACCAGUUCCAACAGCCAAACACACGUUCACCGCAAAUACUGCGGCAGCCAACAAAACCGAUAUGGAAGUUAAAAAAGCCACAACUAAUGAUAUUAAGCCUUCUGCCACCACGGCCAAUAAUAACAACAAAACAAAACCUACGUUAACAACAUCAAUGACAACUUUAAUGGGCCCACCUAUGCCAAUGCACAAGUUGAACUCUAGUUUAACUGUGGUACCCACAGCAGUGAAGUCACCUCCUCUCAGUACUGUCCUGCCAUUUGCCUCCACAUCAUCGUCAUCCUCCUCAUCCUCAUUAAACUUAACACCAACAGCUCAACACCAUACUCCUAUGUUGAAUACAGCUUACCUCUCUUCACCACUCUCCAUGGUGAAUUACCGACAGAGUAAGGUUCUCUUGGCUCAUGUCAAACCAACGAAUUUACCAGAAAUGAAAAUAGAAAAAACAACUUCAACUACAACUGCAGUAGCGGCUGCAGCUGCAGCAGCGACAACAGUAGCUGCCACAGCAACAGCGACAACAAAAACACCAGUAGCCACAACAAAUGGGUUGGCAACAGAAAAAGCUAAAAGUAGUCUAAGACAAUUUAGAUUACCCUCUAGGGAAUCAGGCCAAGAUAUACUGGAUUUAUCAGCCUCAACAAAAACCUCCACAAAUGGUGUGACGGAAAAGCAAGCUUUCAAAGCAACAACAACCCCCAUACCCACCAAUACAACUACAGCAACCACAUCAGGCAGUACCCUGGAAAUGGCUUUAAAUAAAAUCAAACAAAAUAUGACCAGCACCACCACUACUACAAACUCCCCUAACAGCAACUCGGCAAAUGCUAUGGAUCAUGUUAUUAAAAAACAGGAACUGCUUUCACCCAUUUCCGAUGAUUUGCAAAACUUGCAUUUACUGUCGGAAUCAGCUACAGCCAGAGAGAAAAUUGCCAUUAGUACAUCGACCACGACCACCUCCUCGUCAACGUCUUUGUAUGAAAAGGCGAAAAUAACCCAGAAUUCUUUGGUCAGACAACAAAACGCCUCAGUGCGUAAUAUACCAAAUCCUUCGGCAUUGGCUUUUCGCAAUCAACAGCCAGCCACAAUCAUUCCACCCAUGGUCACUAUUGCUGCCGGUUUGGCAACAUCUCUCACCGACCUCGAUAAACCUCUACUUUUGAAAACACCUUCACCACCUAAAUCACCUCACUCACCCAACUGUUCUACCUCCUCGACUUCACCUUCACGCAAUGCCAGCAAAAAACAUCCUUCCAUCGAUCAAGUGGCAGCCAGUUUAAAUCAGCGGGCCUCAGCGGCAGCAGAAGCCAAAGCCAAACACAACGAUGAAACAUCCUUGGUAACAUCCACUUCAUCUUCGCUGGCGGAUAAGUUGGAAAGCAAGAAAGAAAUAAAACAAGAAACUACAGAAAUACCAGCACAAAGUGAGGCGGCAAGUGCUGCUCAACCUUCGUCUACGGUUAGUUCGUGUCCCCUUAGUGUGAAUGUGCUUGACAUUAAAAAGGAACCCGAAGAGAAGAUGGAGGAAGUGUCUGAAAUAAAACCGGCUUUUAUGAAUGCAACCACUAAGAAGACCUCAAUGGUUGAAAAUUUAGUGACAUCGGUGAUUAAUGUGUCAACGUCCACAUCUACUCUAUUAACCGCUGGUACGGCUGCUGGUUUUUGAAGGAGUUAUUAAAGUUACUGUCUGUUACUUCUACUGAAAGUUCUACUCUGGUAAUUCUCCUCUAAACAACAACUAAAAUACCCACUCGAUCGAUGUUUUCAUGCUUUGCUUAUGUUAUAUGGAAUCAAUGUUGAAACUAACCGUGUGUAACCCCCACCAGGCAUCAUCUGAAGAUGCAUAAUAAUAACAUAA